CUGUGAGAAACGAGGAGGAAGCAGACCAGGUAGAGACAAGGUCAUUGAGAAGAAGCUGCUGCACUGUGACUCGCACCUGACGGGCGCCGGGAUAGACCAUCAUGAUGUUCCUCGGGGGCGGAUACAUUCUUCUAUGUUUGGUGGUCAGCAUUCAGACACAAACUUUUAUCCUGGAUAUGUCCGUCGAUGCCUUCGAUGACCAGUAUGAAGGAUGCACUGAUGAAAUGGAGGAAGAAGUGAUAACUAAACUGCUAAAUGAAGAAAAGAAGGAUAAAGAAUUUGGUGUCACUUGGGACAAUGCAACAAGCAGAUGGCGGACAAUGAGACUUAGUGUACCCCGGGGAUUCAAAGAUGAGUACGGCAUAGCCAUUAUGGCCUACACCAACAAUGACAGCAAAGUCUUCUCCAACUUUAACAGGGCAGUGAGAGAUUUCAAUCCAUCCACAUUCAAAUACCAUUCUCUGCACUUCUUCCUUACACGAGGCGUGAGGCUCCUGAGGAGCAGCUGCUGGUGGAAGCCAUGGGAGGUUUAUAGGGGAUUGAGAGGGGUGCAUUUCAAUCAGCCCACCAUAGGGGAAAAUAUUCGAUUUGGGCAAUUUUCCUCCAGCUCCACCAACAAGAGAGUUGCAGAAAAUUUUGGGAAAGACACAUUUUUCACCAUCUCCAGCUGCUUUGGGGUUGAUGUUAAAAAGUUUUCUUACAAACCAAAACAGGAGGAGAUUCUGAUACCCGUGGAUGAAAUUUUGCAAGUGACCAACUAUACCAAAGAAGGAAAUAACCAAAGAUAUAUUCUUAAGACGACCAAGAAGAGAUGUCAUCACUACAACUGUGAAUACCUACAGAAAUGGGGUCGGUCCAGUUCCUGUGUUGAGAGUGAAGGGAUGAGGAUCCUGUCAUCUCCGGUGGUGAUAUCACUUCUCCUGUGUAUCCUCGCGUCAUCUCCAUCAUAGACGCUCGUCCUACCAGAAUCAGCACGAGGAGAAACUCCAGCCCCUGCUCUCCAGUAACAUCGAGCCUUACAAAUACUGUUUGGCAAUUUAAAAAAAAAAAUGAAUUUUAAACUUUCUUUUUGCAAAAAUAAAUUACGUCAGUUAAACUAUGGAAAUAAUUAAUGUCCAGGUUUUCUGUUGCUAUUAUCACUUUUACAAAAAGAUUUUUAUGCUUUUAUUACAUUUUUGUAUCUCUUUUCUUGCUUUUCUUUAUGUCACAAUAAAACGACAUCUUC